AUGGAAGAUCUUCCAUCCGACGAGCGUAUGCUCAAGACGUUGAAUGACUUUCGCGACUCCAACAUUACUCUGGUAGAAUGGGAGACUCCUUUGCUACAACGGCUAGGCUAUCCUCUUGCACCAAAGCCAGAUUUCAUUUUUUUGGUACCAGAUGACCAAAUUCAAGACGCAUUCGAUAUUGCGAAAGCAAAUGGCUUACUAGACAGCGACCAACCCCCGAACUACAUCUCUGAGCAUACGAAUAUGUGUUUCCGCUUCGCAUUCGGUACACCGAGUUCCCGGUUGAUACUUCUCCCCUUAUCCUGGCCUGGUAUCAAGAUGGAGGAGCUGAUAGCCGUCGAAAAUACAAACCUACCCUGCUCAAUCUGGACAAUACCAAUUCCUGCCUUUUGCGCUGCAUACUUGCGUAUGAUUAUGCAAGAAGGCCCUGAAAGUAUAAUACGCAUCAUCGCAACCGCCGAUCUUUCAGGUGUGGUUGGCUACAGUUUGUUUGACAUGAGCUAUGAGGGGAGCUACAUGCCUGCUCCAGGGGAUGACGAUUACGUCGAAGAUGAAGAAAAGGAUGCUCUUGAACUGGAGAAGGCUAUUGAUACCAUGAAGAAAUGGAACUUCAUCGAGAGUACUGAAUGGGCGAGAGAUAUCAUGCUGCAACUGGUCUCAGGAAAACUGUUGUAUGAUUCUCUGCCGAGCAAGGGAGGAAUGGAAGUUUCUCAAGGGCAACUCACAAUUGAGUAA